AAAACUUUACUUUUUUUUAAAUGAUAUUGUAGUGAGGUGAUUGUUUUAUAUUUUUGGAUUGAUAUAACACGUCGAAGUGAUAUAAAAUGCCAUUCAUAAACAUCGCGUUUCAAGCCGAAGUCAGCAGAUUCGAAGAUGCAGAAUUCGAAGAAAUGGCUAGAAGAAACUGCCACGAGAACCCGGCCACUAGACAACAAAUUAUUGAGGAGUUUCGACAGAUGAUUUAUGAGAGGGGUCAAUGCAAGCCGCGGCGAAUAGACGACGCUUACCUACUCCGAUUUUUGCGAUGUCGACGGUUUAUACCUGCUCUGGCGCAUAAAUUGAUGGUGCGUUACGAACAGUUUCGUCGCAAGAAUGCGUACUUGUACGAUUGCAGUAUAUUCGGACUUCAGAAAGUGAAAAACGUGUACGCAGGAAUUAUGCCAGACAGCCCUGUCAACGGACGUAUCACUCUCAUGAGGUUCGGUAGAUGGGAUACAGACGCAGUACCAAUCGUGGAUGUAGUCCGCUGCGCAUUAGCCAUGGACGAAAUUGCAGUGAUGCAACCACGUUUGCAGAUCUUGGGAGUGACCAUCAUCGUGGACCUGGAGGGACUUAAUUGGAGACAUGUCACGCACUUGACACCGACGAUUGCCAGUCAAAUUGUUAGUUUGAUGGGAGUAAAUUUCCCACUACCGAAUCACGGACUCCACAUCGUCAACUACAGCUGGAUACUAAAUACCUUCUUCUACGUCUUCAAGCAGUUUAUCCCAAGUGCUGCGUGGGACAGACUCCAUUUCCACGGCAACGAUAUGAGCUCGUUACACAAAUACAUAGAUCCUAAGUACUUGCCUCCUGAGUAUGGAGGAACUACUAUUCCGCAAGUAAUUUCUACUGAGGAAUGGUUAGCAAAAAUUAAUAAAUAUAAAGACGAUUUUAUGGUUGAGGAAUUGAGAGCUUUAGGAUUUGCCGUUGAUGAUGAUUAAUAAAAAAUAUCCUAUUGAAUUUUGAGAUGUUAAUUGUAAUGCUAAAGAUGCGGAUUUUACACGUAAUAAUGUUUAAGUUCUUGUAUAUUCAAUUUGUUAGGUUAUUUAUUUAUUUUAAGUCUCUUUGCGUAAAUAUACUUAAUAUCUAAAGCAAAGUAAGGUACACUCAUGGUACACGUACCUAUCUAUGCUUUCUUGCCUUUUAAUGUGAUAACUAU